AUGUCUGACCGCAGUCUCUACUUCUACAACGCUUCAUUGCCGGCAGCAGCCGUCUUCGCCGUCCUCAAUGCCAUCCCGGCCGCAUUCCUCUUCUACACUACAAUCAUCGGCCCUAAAACCGGCAAAUACCGCAACUCCUCGUUCUUCAUCCCCCUAUGUAUCGGCGGUUUCAUGGAAGUGUUGGCGUACAUCAUGCGCUGCGUGAGCAUUAAGAUGGACAGAGUCAUCCCAUUGUACGCCAUAUCAAGCUCCCUGAUUGUUGUUGCGCCCGUCCUUGUCUGCGCUAGCCUGUACCUCCUUGUCGGCAGGCUUAUCAGGGCAGGCCUUCCUUCAUCUGGAAAGCAGCAGCGCAUUCUAGGAAUCAAUCCAUGGUGGCUGCCGCGUAUAUUCGUCACUUCGGAUAUUCUGAGUUUCCUGACUCAGGCCUCGGGCAGUGGAAUUGCAGCAUCUGGAAAUUGGGAAGGGAGCACCAAAACAACUGGCGAAGGUGUUUUAAAGGGUGGAUUAGCCUUGCAGUUGAUCACUUUCACACUAUUCCUAGCUCUAGUCGCCCGAUUCCAUAGCCGUGCAAAUGCCGUGUCUAAGAGCGGGAUCGAUAGUGGCGUGUUCAAAGUGUUGCUGGGAAUAUACAUCUCAGGGUUUUUCAUCGAGGUUCGUUGUGUUUAUCGUCUUAUCGAGUUCAUUCUGGGUAUUGAUGGAUAUCCAUUCCGCCACGAAUGGCCCUUGUAUGUCCUUGAAGGGCUGCCUAUGCUAUUUGCGAUGUUCGCACUAGCAUACUUCCACCCAGGAAAGUGGCUACCUAGCGAACCGUUGAACUCGCAACCAGAUGCCGAGGAAAUGCACGGCAGGGAUAGAUAUUAA